AUGGUGAAAUGUGCUGUUCAAUAUAGCCGCCACCGCACUGCACCAAGAACAGUAAGGGCAGCAAUCGAUUGCAUCGCCUCCUCUUUCCUGUGUUCCGCGCUUCAUUGCCAGCUACUUGUUCCCUCAUUCAUGGACGCGGAAGUUGCAGAACUAGCACAGCAUCUAGUUCAUAGGCUGAACUACACACCUUCACCUCGUCGCGUUAUAGUGGGCAUCUCAGGUGUACCCGCCUCGGGAAAAUCUACACUGGCACAUGCAGUGACGGAACGAGUCAACGAUCUCCUGAAGCAGCGAAGUUCUUCAUCUCCGGAACCUGGCCCGCAGGCGAUACUCAUCGGACUUGAUGGAUGGCACCUCACUCGAGCACAGCUCGAUGUCUUCCCGGACCCACAAGCCGCAUACGACAGACGAGGAAGCCACUGGACGUUCGACGGGCCAGGCUACGUCGCUUUUGUGCAAAAGCUGCGCGACGAGUCAACCCCGGAUAACAUCGUCCUCGCCCCUUCGUUCGAUCAUGCACUGAAGGAUCCUACACCCGAUGCAGUGUCGAUACACCCAUUUCACCGCAUAGUGAUCAUCGAGGGACUGUACACCUUCCUCUCUAUUGAGCCAUGGAGUGAAGCUGGGCUAUUGUUGGACGAAAGGUGGUUCAUCGAGGUGGACUUGGACGAAGCGAGACGGAGGCUGGUCGGUCGCCACGUGGAGACUGGUGUUACAAAGGACGCCAAAGAGGCAGAAUGGAGAGCAGAUGAGAACGACAUGCCCAACGGCCAGUUCCUCGUCGCGAACAUGUUGGAGCCUACACGCGUUAUCACGAGUAAAGACGAGCUCAAAUACGUGUCGAACUGA